AUGGAUGUACAUUGCACAUUGUACAUAUACAUAUGUAUAUUUUAUAUAUAGUUUUCAAAGGAUGAGAAUUAAGGAAAUAUAAAUAUUCUAACAAACAUUUUAUUUAUUUCCAUAAAAAAAAGUAAAAUAAAAAUAGGAAAAGUAGAGUGUUAAUGAUGAAGAAUGAAGUGAAUGAAGAAAUAAAUUCCAAAUUUAACAUAAGGCGCAUAGCUAUUAGCUUUCAAGAAGCAGAUAAUGGACACUCGGUGUCUGAUGAAAAUAGACGUUUUAAAUAUAAAAAUGAUUAUUAUGAAAAAUUGUGUGAUUUUUCUUUGGAAACUUUAAUUUAUGAUGUAUCAUUAAAUAGUGACAUGAAAAUUGAAUGUGUGGAAGAUUGCAGUAAUAAAUAUCUUUGCAUAGUCUUAGAUAUUUCUAGUAAAGGAGUAUGCAGAAGGAAUAUCGAAAGCAGAAUUCGAUUAUUACAACUAGUCUGUUUGGAUGAUUUAUCUUUCAUAACUGGAUCUAUAACUAGGAGCGAACAAUGUUUUGAAUAUAACAAAGAUACUUUGUGUGAUCGUGUAUAUAAUUUAUUGAAACAAAAACAUGAAAAUGAUAAUUUGGAAAAUUUUGAUGGUAAAAAGCUUAAACAACAUUUACGCCCUUCUCUUAGACCAUACCAAGAAGAGGCUGUCAAGUGGAUGUUGUACGUUGAGAGCGUGAGGCAAGAAAUUGUAGACUAUAAGAAGAUCAAGUUUGUUGAUUGUGCUAGUUAUACAUUUUAUAUUAAUCAAUACAAUUUAGAUAUAACCGAAUUUAUUCCUAAAAGGAUAUUGCCAAGUGGCGGUAUUUUGGCAGACGAAAUGGGAUUAGGUAAAACUAUAGAAAUGUUGUCUUUGAUUUUACUCAAGCAGAAUGUAUUAUUUAUGCCCGAAAAUGAUAUAUUGUUUGAUAGUUCUGAUAAUGGACCAUCUUUAGCUAAAAUUAAAAAAAUGCAGGAUAAAGUACUUUGUAUUUGUUUUAAUAAUUCUGUAAGAAAGAAAAAAACUGUUAAAUGUAUUGAAUGUGAAGUUUUACAACACGUAAAAUGUGUACGGUUAUAUUCCGAACCAGAUAAUCCACAUAUUUGUCCAAGUUGUUGGGCUAACAAAAAGGAAUUAAUAAAGAGCCAGGCAACAGUUAUAGUUACCCCAGCUACUAUAAAGAAACAAUGGUAUACUGAAAUAAUGAAACAUGUGUUAACACCAUUGAAAGUGCUACUUUAUACCGGAGUCAGUAAUACCUGGAUAAGUCCAAAUGAAAUAUCCAAAUAUGAUAUAAUUUUAACAGACUACAAUAUAUUAAAGAGAGAAAUUUAUUUUUCCGCUGACAACAAAUCUCCAUGUAAUUUUAGAAAUUCUAAAAAGUAUAUGAGAAUGGAGUCUCCUCUUUUAAAAGUAAUAUGGUAUAGGGUUUGUUUGGAUGAAGCACAAAUGGUUGAGUCGUCAAACACGAAAGCUUCCCAAAUGGUAAAACUUCUUCCAGCUGUGCAUCGAUGGGCAAUUACAGGAACGCCUAUUCAAAAAUCUUUAGAAGAUAUCCGCGGUUUAUUUGAAUUUUUGGAUGUUAAUCCAGUUUUUGAAAAAGUUUAUUGGAGAAGGUUGACUGCUACAUUUUUUGAAGGCAAUUAUGAGUUUUUCAUUGACGUUCUUGGAAAAGUAAUGUGGCGUACAUGCAAAAAAGCUGUUGUAAAUGAAUUACAAAUACCAGAGCAAGUAGAAAAGGUUCACUAUAUUAAAUUUGAUGAUGGUGAAAAAUUGUUUUAUAGUAAUGAACGCCAAAUUUGUUCACAAAGUUUUAAGGAAAAAAUAUCAAAACUAAAAACAGAAUCAGCAUACUCACUUACUAUUUCUCAGUUUGAUGCUUAUACACUGAAAAAGAUUUUGGAGCCUUUAAAAAAACUUAGGCAAGAUUGUACAGUUCCAAUGCUAUUGAAAUUUCAAAACAAUCAAAAUCAUGUUAAGAAGCUAUUGCAACCUCAAGAGCUCUUGGAGCAUUUAAAAGGGAGUAAUGAAUUAGAAUGUAAAAAUCAAAUUCGUCUUAUGGCAUCUAAUUGCAAUGGUUUAGCUGCUAUACAUAUUAUUCGAGAAGAGUAUGAAAAAGCGAUAAAAAUGUAUGAAAGUGUCAUAGGUUUGGCAAAAGAGUUCUCAGGAUCGCUUAGUGUUGAUAGCUUGUUACAAAUCCAUGCUUUGCACAAUAUUCGAAUAGCUGCUGGAUUUGCUAAUCGGGCCGAAACACAUGUUUUUGAAAGCUACAUAAGUCAACAGUUUGAACUUGAGUGGAAAUAUAUCAACACUUAUAUAAAAAAAUACUUAGAGGCUUUGGAUUGCUAUACGAAAACAGAAAAUAUCUUAAAUGAAAAGUUUAAAGAAAUCGGGACUCAAAAUGUUGAAAAGUCGUUUAUUGGUAUUUUUGAGGAGCUUGGCCGUUACAGUCUUUCCGAGACACUUUUGCUAAAGAUUCAGGAAGAUAAUUUCGGCUUUGCUAACAGUAUAUUUAGUGAAUACAGCCGAAGUAUUAAAACAAUAGAAUUUCAUAUAUUUACAUGGUUCCGAAAUGUAACUGUCAAACGAAAUGAAUUAUUAAAAGAAUUCACUAAAAUUAUAGAAAUAAUUGCUUUGAUCAAACCUAAGGAAAAUUUGCACAAAAAAGUUUCUGAUUUUGUCAAAGCAGUGUUUGAAUGUCACUUAAAAGAUAUUCGAGGUGAAGAUAAUGAUAGUGAAGAUGGAAGAAAGCAAAAUGAAGAUAAAAGCGACAUUUGCGAUUUAUGCAAAUCAAAGAUGUCUUUAAACGAAUAUGAAUGUUUAAUUUUUGAUAAACAAUUAAAUAAAGAUACAGAAGUAACUGCAGGAACGUGGAAUCCUUGUGUGCAGGAGUACAUAUUGAAAUGUGCGUGGUCUCUCGCUAAAAAUCACAAAAUUGCUUCAUGUCAUUUAGAAGGAUAUGAAAAAUCCUUAGAAAUUAUUGAAUAUUUAAAAAAGGAAUAUAAAGAUCUUUCGAAAUUAUGGAGUGAAAUAGAAUUUGUUGCCAAAGCAUACGAUGAAUUGGAAAUGUGUAAGAUGAGAUUAGAAGUCAUAGAUGACGAUGUUGAGGCCAAAAAGUCAAAAAAUGUAAUAUAUCAGAUACCAAUGUACCAAGUUAAUGACACAUUUGAAAAUUUAUUCGUUGAACUAAACCAAUCUAAAAUAGAAUUUUAUAAAAAAUUAGGUCGACUGAAAUAUAUACAGCAUUUAGAGCAAAAUUCCGAACCAGAUAAUUGCCCUAUAUGUAAAUCCCGGCCUAGUUCUAAAUACAGUGUUCUUGAUUGUGGUCACAUAAUGUGUGUCUUAUGUCUCGAUGAAAUGACGCGAUAUAAAAUAGGAGCUUCUUUUAGCUGUCCAGUCUGCCGUGCGAAGGUUUAUAAAGUAUAUUUUGUCACUCGUAAGCCACCUAGAAAUGAUGUUCCGGUGAAAGGCGAAUAUUCUUCAAAAAUACAGGAAAUUUUAUCCGUAAUAAUAAAACUUAAAAUAGAAGACUCUAAAGUUAAGAUUUUAAUUUUCUCUCAUUGGCAUUCCAUACUAAAAUUAAUUUCUACAGCAUUGCGGGAGAAUUCUAUUGAACAUAGGUUAAUGUCAUCAACAAAAUCGAUCGAAGAAUUCAAAAACGAAAAUUUAAAUGUAAAUUGCAUGCUUAUGUUGUUAGCACAUGGAUCUAAGGGGCUAAAUUUGAUUGAAGCAACACACGUUUUUUUAGUGGAGCCCAUCUUAAAUGUUGCCGAAGAACUGCAAGCUAUAAGUCGUGUUCACAGAAUCGGGCAAACAAAAUCUACUACUAUUCAUAGAUUUAUAGUCAAAAAUACCAUUGAGGAACAAAUUUUUAAUACAAUGUCCAAAUUAAAAUCUCUAGAUUACAAAGAUUUAACGGUAGAACACUUACUACAAUUUAUCUCCGAGCAGAGCGAAUAUGGUAAUGAAAAGGAUGAUUAAAGAAAUUUUAAAAUAACUUAAAAACUUUACCAUUCAAAUUGAGAUUAAAUCAAAGCCUGUAGUUUUACUACAUAUAUCAAUAUUCAUGCCGCUGCCACAAAUAUAAACGAAUAUAAUGUUAGAAUACAACUUACAUUUUGAUUUUUGUACGUUAUUUUGUCAUAGGUUGGUUUAUCAACAAUAUAAAAAAAUUUAGGAAGUUAAGGCAAAGUAUUAUAAUAAAUAUUUAAUUUAAUUUUAAUUGUUAUUAAAUUGUAAGAGGAAUGUGUUUACUUCUUAUAAAACAUUCUAAUUUUCGUGCACACAAUAAACUUUUGUUAUAUAAAUGGGUUCUUAAGUAUUACAAAAGCCUUAAUUUACUCAAUACGAAGGGAAGAAAGUAAUGACACUCCGCAUCGAAAUUUAAAUGUAACUAAAGCAAAGGAGCGAAUACAAAAAUUUGUCACAAUCAAAAUUACUUCAGAAUUACAAUAUUUUUAAUAUUGAUCAACUAUAAUCAAGCACAAAGGUGUUUUAGUGUGGGACCAUUUGAAUUCACCGCCUAGGCAAAUAUAGAAUUGAUGGUAUGAUACUCAUCUUGGUUGCUAGAUGAUGCCCUCAAGACAUAUACUUUUAGCCAGAAUGAUUGCCAGAUUAUAAUUACUUUCUUGGCUGUAACAUUAAUUAAGAAAUUUUAAUUUGUAAAAGGUGUCCCAAAAUUCACACAAGAUUUGCCAACCAAAAAAAAAAUACAGCGCAACAGCCGGAAAAUCAGGGUUAUUAAAAGUUCCCGAGCAACGAUUCAAUUACUGCAUGAGUCAUUUCCCGGUCGUGUAAUUUCCCGUUUUGAUGAUCAAAAUUGGCCGCCCGGAUCAUGCGAUUUAACGCCGUUGGACUUUUUCUUUGAGAUUUUUUUAAGUCUUAGGUUUACGGCAACAAGCCCACGACCAACCACGUCUACUAUG